CAAUAUGGUUGCCAGUUACAAACAGGUGUAUAAGUAUGAUGUACCUUCUGCUUCGUGGAAAUUUAUUUGUUGUUUUUACAAGUUUAGCAAAGUUUAAUAAUCUCAAAAUGUAUUAGUGCUUGAUUUGAAACCGAUUGCAGUGAUUUUAUAGAAUUAUUAUUGUAAAUUUAUCCGUGUUAAUGCGUAGUUGCGCUGUGUAAAGCCUGGGCCUUGAAGUGCUAUUUUUGUUUUUCUUCGAAGCCUAACCUAAUCUGCAUAGUUACUUCAUGUAACAAACUAUCCUUACUAUUUUUUUUUCAAAUAAUGAUAAUAUUGUUUUAAAGAAACCAGUAUUAAAAUGGAUGAUAGAAGAGUUGCUGAUUAUUUCGUUGUUGCUGGACUUCCAGAUGAAUUAGAACCUGUUGAUGAUAUUUCCAAAGAUGGUUACCAUUUAAAAUGGUACCACACAAAGCCCCCUAUAACUGACAUUGCAGUAAUUUUUUCCUCAUUAGGCGAAACUUGCCCUCAAGGAUAUGAAGUUAUUGAAGAAACACCAACAGGACUCUCGGCAGAUCUGAACCAUGGCAGUUUACGCAGCCCAAAAGUGUUUUUAUGUUAUCGUCGUGGCAAUGACAAACCUCCUCUUGUUGAUGUUGGGGUGAUGUACGAGGGCAAGGAGCGGAUCCUGCCAGAUUCAGAGAUCCUGGAGAAGUCGGUAGGCGGCAGAUUGGCCAACGUGAACAACUCGGUGGCCAAGACAUUCCUGACAUACCGCCGCGCACCGCCGAGCAUGCCGUGUAGCGCUCUGGUCGUCACCGAGAUCGUGGUCAUCUGCAGCAGCAAGGGCGAGAUGCCCCCACACGCCUUCUGUAUGAUCAACAAGAACCUCAACAAGGGCCUGGUGGGGGCAGAUAUUUUUAUAUGCUACAAGAAAUCGAUGAACCGUCCAAGUUUAAUAACCUAUAAACCUGGUAUCCUGUCCCGCUACCCACACCAGGACCAAGACAGUUUCCCACUGCCCAUGUCUGUGCCUCUGUUCUGUCUACCGAUGGGAGCUACGCUGGAACUAUGGCCUGUCUCCGCAAGCCAGCCUGAUCCUGUCUUCUCCACCUUUGUCCUCACCGUAUCCGAUGCAGCUCAGAAGGUUUAUGGAUCAGCAGUAACAUUCUAUGAGCGUGUACCGCCAGACAAACUGACUUCAGAGCAGCUCAAGAAACUAGACCCGGGUGGUCAAGGAGACGUGGCAGCCUUCACCUACAACACCAAUAAGUGCAUCUGUCUGCUUUCCCGCUGGCCUUUCUUCGACACCUUUGAGAAGUUUCUCCUCUUCAUCUACAACAUGUCCUGCGAGGGUUCUCACUCCGUCCCUAUCGAGAGGUAUAUCAGUCACCUGUUGGAGGAAGUGCCGUUCCCGUCCGUCCAAAGACCGAGGAUACUUCUGCAGCUGUCUCCUGAUGAUCGUAUCAUCUUUACACAACCGGAGGACUUACCACUGCCAAGAAGUGGGGCGGGUUUCCGCCAGUUGCUGAUGAACCUGGGCUCAGAUAACUGCCUGAUGCUGCUGCUGUGUGUGCUGACAGAGCAGAAGCUGCUGGUCCAUUCCUUGAGGCCGGACGUGCUGACCGCAGUCGCUGAAGCAGCUUCCAUGAUAAUUUUCCCGUUCAAGUGGCAGUGCCCAUACAUUCCAUUAUGUCCGAUAUCGCUCGUGGAGCUGCUACAUGCUCCUCUACCGUUCCUCAUCGGUGUAGACUCUCGGUUCUUUGACCUGUCCGAGCCGCCGCGCGAUGUCAUCUGUGUGGACCUUGACACCAACAUCAUCACUCUAGGUGAAUCCAAGCUGAACAUUCAUCCAUCGUUCCUGCCCAAGAAGCCAACUCGGGUGCUGCGGAACUGCCUGGACCGGCUGAACCAGAAACUGCGCCUGCUGCUACAGAGUGCCACAACGCAGUCCAGCAACAAUACAGACCACUCUAUCGACAAUGACUUUCAGCUGAAAAGGAAAGAGUUGAACUUUGAAUUGGAGAUCCAGGAGGCGUUUUUGCGGUUCAUGGCUACAAUCCUGAGAGGUUACCGCAACUAUCUGUUGCCUAUCAUCAAGGCUCCAACAGUGGGCACCACGGACACUAACUCGCUCUUCAAUCUGAAAGGUGAGUAUCUACAAUUGCUGGUUACAAUCCUGAGAGGUUACUGCAACUAUCUGUUGCCUAUCAUCAAGGCUCCAACAGUGGGCACCACGGACACUAACUCGCUCUUCAAUCUGAAAGGUGAGUUUCUACAAUUGCUGGUUACAAUCCUGAGAGGUUACUGCAACUAUCUGUUGCCUAUCAUCAAGGCUCCAACAGUGGGCACCACAGACACUAACUCGCUCUUCAAUCUGAAAGGUGAGUAUCUACAAUUGCUGGUUACAAUCCUGAGAGGUUACUGCAACUAUCUGUUGCCUAUCAUCAAGGCUCCAACAGUGGGCACCACAGACACUAACUCGCUCUUCAAUCUGAAAGGUGAGUAUCUACAAUUGCUGGUUACAAUCCUGAGAGGUUACCACAACUAUCUGUUGCCUAUCAUCAAGGCUCCAACAGUGGGCACCACAGACACUAACUCGCUCUUCAAUCUGAAAGGUGAGUAUCUACAAUUGCUGGUUACAAUCCUGAGAGGUUACCACAACUAUCUGUUGCCUAUCAUCAAGGCUCCAACAGUGGGCACCACAGACACUAACUCGCUCUUCAAUCUGAAAGGUGGGUUUCUACAAUUGCUGGUUACAAUCCUGAGAGGUUACUGCAACUAUCUGUUGCCUAUCCUGGUCGAUGUGGUGGAUCAUACUUUGCUUUUGAGGAAACUGGAGUAUCUUGGGCUGAGAGGCAAUGUGUUUGAAUGGAUACAUUCUUAUGUGACUGGUCGAAAACAGAUGGUUGAGAUUCCCUAUAUGGAUGCUGACAGACUGCUAAAAAAAAAACUCUCUCAAGAACUAAUUGUCAGAACCGGGGUGCCCCAGGGAUUGGUCCUUGGUCCUGUAUUUUUUCUCCUCUUUGUAAAUGACAUAGCCGGGUGUAUUUCGGACUCUCACUUGUACUUAUUUGCUGAUGACACAUCCCUCGUAGUCUCCAUGGGCACCACGGACACUAACUCGCUCUUCAAUCUGAAAGGUAGAUUUCUACAAUUGCUGGUUACAAUCCUGAGAGGUUACUGCAACUAUCUGUUGCCUAUCAUCAAGGCUCCAACAGUGGGCACCACGGACACUAACUCGCUCUUCAAUUCUGAAAGGUAG